CUUCCUCCUGCGUCCGGUCCCGUUGCUGCUGCUGCUGCUCGGCCGGGGCGCCUCACCAGCCUCUCCACACCCCCGGUGCCCGCAGAGACGCUGGUGACUUGAGCUGUCACCUGCCGCUGUCCCCCAGCCCCCGGACACCAUGCAGGCCAUCAAGUGUGUGGUGGUGGGAGAUGGAGCCGUGGGCAAGACCUGCCUUCUCAUCAGCUACACCACCAAUGCCUUCCCCGGGGAGUACAUCCCCACCGUGUUUGACAACUAUUCGGCCAACGUGAUGGUGGACAGCAAGCCGGUGAACCUGGGGCUGUGGGAUACUGCCGGGCAGGAGGACUACGACCGCCUCCGGCCACUCUCCUACCCCCAGACGGACGUCUUCCUCAUCUGCUUCUCCCUCGUCAGCCCUGCCUCCUACGAGAAUGUCCGCGCCAAGUGGUUCCCCGAAGUGCGGCACCACUGCCCCAGCACCCCCAUCAUCCUGGUGGGCACCAAGCUGGACCUGCGGGAUGACAAGGACACCAUUGAAAAGCUGAAGGAGAAGAAGCUGGCACCCAUCACCUACCCACAGGGCCUGGCGCUGGCCAAGGAGAUCGAUUCGGUGAAAUACCUGGAGUGCUCGGCCCUCACCCAGCGAGGCCUCAAAACCGUCUUUGAUGAGGCGAUCCGGGCCGUCCUGUGCCCCCAGCCCACGCGGCCGCAGAAACGCCCCUGCAGCCUCCUCUAGGGGCUGCGCUCCAGCCCUCCCAGCCAGACGGCUCUGACCCUCCAGGGACCCCGCCCAAAGUCCAGUGGUGCCCCUGCUGGCCAUGUUGUCCCCUCCCUGUGGUGUUAUUUUUAGCAGACGGUGGCAGAGCUUGGUUCAUUGUCUUCUCUGUGCUAGAGGCCCUCUGGGGCCAGGAGGGUGUGAAUUUGCAGGUGCUGCAUCUCCAUUUCCUCGUACUUCUGCUUUCCCAGGGACAGACGGGACCCCCAGGACCCAAUAAGCCCCCGCUGUGUUCCUGGAUUCAGUGCCGGCUGUCGCACAAGUCAGCAUCUGCCCAUUUGCUCCAGUCCCGUCCAACAUCUGAAUCCCCUCUGGAAACCAUGCCAGGUGGCUGCCAGCUGCCACUUGUAUACCUCCAGGGACAGGGCUCUCGCUCCUUCCUGAAGCUGUCUGCUCCAAUAUCGAUGAACCUGCUUGUCUGAAAGUUCUCUUCUACUGAGUUAAAAUGAGUGCCUCAGAAGUUUGCUCUCCUGGUCUUAAGUCUCCUUUUUGGUCAAUAUUAAACAAAUUAAAUUCUCCAAAUCUCUGUGGGUCCAACUGACCCUGCUAUCUCUUGAGUCAUUCUGCUCUGCUCACAGGACCUGGGCUGCAUUUUCCUGUGAAAGCCUAAAAUUUUCAUACCCUGCCAAUCAGGACUUUUGCUAUCACAGAUACAAAACCCAAUUCAAUCUGCUUAAGCAGAAAAUAAAUGUAUUGAUUCGA